AGCGGGGCACUGCUCGACGCACGCAGGGAAGGAUGAGGGAGGACUAGUGAGACCCGGGAGCGCACAUCUCCCGCACGCGACGCGCCACCUGGAGAAAACCCGAUGCGGCUGCGGGGACUUUCUGGCGCUACGGAGAAACUCCCGCACGCGUUGGGGCUUCAAGGAUGUUCCUCUCAGAUGGGACUCUCUCAGCCGUCUCUUCUGCGCUCCUGUUGGGAAUAACGUGUCUGAGUGUCCUCGGCGAUCUCACCAAGGGCUCCACAGACUUUUCAGGGUACCUGUCCAAAGUGUUGAGGAACUACACAGAGCAGGCCUGUGACGGGGACUUCCUGUCCGCUCGCUGCCCGCCCCGCACCACCAUCACCGUCCAAUCCGCUUUCUAUGGGAGGAGAGGUGCCUCUGACCUCACGCAGUGCCCUCAGACCUACCAGGCCCUCCUAAGUUCUCACGACGCUUGGGAGGAUGAGCGACAGUGUUCUGUGUCCACCGCACUACAGAAAAUGCUGGACGAGUGCCAGGACAGAAGGAGCUGUCAAGUCCUCGUCAACAGCCGCGUGUUCGGGACGGACCCGUGUCCUGGCAGCAGUAAAUACCUCAUUGUCUGGUACAAAUGUCGACCCAACGAGUACAAGAGCAAGGUGGUCUGUGAGGAGGAGCGCAUGAGGCUGAGCUGCAAACCGGGUAUGCAGAUCGCCGUUUACUCCGCCAUGUUCGGUCGAACUCAACAGGGCACCCUGGAGUGUCCCCUGCACCACAGGAGGGCCCCGUCAGUAGACUGCCAGUCGUCGGUGGCUCUGCAGGUUCUGACCGCCCGCUGCCAGGGAAAGAAAAGCUGUCUGGUCCGAGCCUCCACCAGAGACUUUGGGGACCCGUGUUACCCCGGCACCAGGAAGUACCUCAACGUCAUCUACACCUGUGUCCCGAAGAAGUUGCUCCAGGAGCAGGGAGCCCGACCGCCGGCGUACCCGCCUCCGCCCAGCGCCCAUGACCCCAACAUAGUGGGAGACGGCCCUCCGGAGGGCAGCUCAGUCAGAGGCCCCGACGUCGUGCCAGGUGAGCAAAAUAGAAAGAAGAUCCGGGAGACUAACCCCGACGAGGAGAGGUUUUCAGAAGCAGAAGGAGGAGGAGGAGGAGGAGGAGGAGGAGGAGGAGGAAGUGGAGGAAAAAGUCCACCGUCGCCCCCGGGCAUGAAUCCCAUCAUCAACUCCACCUCCAGCGGCCACAUGGCCCUCAUCAGCAACGCACUGGCAGCCUACAAUUACAUAUCAGCCCACCCGGAGCGCGCCGCGCUCUUCUUCGUCUGCGGCGUGUGCCUGGGCCUCUUCCUCACCCUCUUCGCCCUGGUGGUCCAGAUCUCCUGCCGCACCGACUGCCAGCCGCGCCGGCGGCCCCCCGCCAAGAAGCGGGCGCGCCCCGCCGAGUCCUCCUCCGACUCCGGCGACUCGGACUCGGACUGGGAGACCACGUCGGACCUGUCGGCGCGCCGCCACCGGCGGUUCGAGCGCACGCUCAACAUGAACGUGUUCACGUCGGCGGAGGAGCUGGAGCGGGCGCAGCGGCUGGAGGAGCGGGAGCGGAUCAUCCGGGAGAUCUGGAUGAACGGGCAGCCCGACAUCCCCGGGACGCGCAGCCUCAACAGGUACUACUGAGGACCUCCAGAGGAAGCAGCGUUCAUUGGGGGCGGACAUGGGGGGGGGGGGGGAGGGGGAGGAGACGCGGUCAGACUGUGGACUCGAACCCGCGUCGGGAGAGAAAAGGUCGAAGGGUGUAGCCGACCUGGGACAGAAAAGUUGCACCCCCGCCCCCGCCCCCCCACCCGCCCCGUUCCGUAGGAGAAAGGAGCUCCCGGCCCAGCGUGGUGCGUUCAAGACGUUCUUACCGGGAAAGACCAGAGGUGAAAGGGCUGCGGUGCCUCGGCCCUGACCUCAGCGCCCCUCCCCCCCCCACCCCAUUUUGAAGUGUGGAUUUAUGGGUGGGCUGCCUUAGACACACACACACACACACACACACACACACAGGCCUGUAGGAAACUACACUACGGCGAGGUCCCGGGUGGUUCUGUUUGACACGGAGCGCGAGUGACCUGCAGAAGACCAGCACCCUCCAGUAUUUAAGUGUGGACUUUACAGAGGGUGGGUGGGGGGGGG